UGACGCAAAACUUGUAAAACUUGUAGUGUGGAGACAAACAGGUGGGUGACUAAAGUGUGGUUACAUUUUGCACACAUGUCAGUGACAUUUAACAGCAAGUCAGAGGCGAUGAAAGCAGAUGGUUGGGACGUGAUGGACUCUGAUUAUAAAUCGGAAUGUGGAAAAAGACGAUCAAUGUGGUGGAUUCGAGUUAUAGCUCUGUUUUUGGGGCUGAUCUAUCUUCUUCUGCUGGUGAUCAUCAUAGCUAUGUUGGCCCAACAUAUCAGGCCAACACAUCUUAAAGACACCGAACUGCCCAUUAGUGUCGUCAAAUCUGACAACCUGACUUCAAAAUGCUUCCACCUACAAGGCAAAUACAGCGCCCUGCUCGAAAGAAACAACCUGUUAGAGAACAAUCUCUGUUCUCUGACUAAGGAGAAAGACAAUGUCACAGGGGAGCGGGACACCCUACGAAAUGAGCGAGACAUUCUCCAAAGAGAGCGAAGCACCCUCCAGAGUGAAAGUGACACCCUCAAACAUCAGCGAGACACCUUCAGGACUGAGCGAGACACCCUUCAAAAUGAGCGGGAAGCCAUCGGGAAGCAGCGCGACAUCUUACAGAGAGCACAAGAAACCCAGCGAAACGAGCGAGAAACCCUUAAAAGUGAGCGAGACGCUCUUAAGAGUGAGAAAGAAUCCCUCCAAAAUGACAGAGAGACCCUCCAAAAUGACAAAGAAACCCUCAAAAAGGAGCGAGACACUCUCGAGGUAGAGAAAGUAUCCCUCCAAAAUGAGAGAGGCACUCUCCAAAAUGAGAGAGGCACUCUCCAAAAUGAGCGAAACACCCUCCAAAAUGAGAAAGACGUCGUCCAAAGCGAACGCGCCACUCUCCAAAAGGAGCGAGACACCCUCCAAAACGAACGAGACACCCUGCGAAAUGAGAAAAAUACCCUCCAGAACGAGCGAGACAUCGCCACGAAAGAGCGCGACUCCCUGAGAGACGAGCGAGACCAUCUGAGGCUGGUGUCCAGCAACCUGACCCAAGCGUUGCAGUUCCUGCAGAGUCGAUUCGACACUGUGGCAGAAAGUCGCGAUGGCUUGAAGGAGGAGGCUAAACAGUUGAAUAAUAACAGAGCAGAAAAACUUUGUCCAGCUGACUGGAUCAAAUUCCAGGAGAAAUGCUACUACAUCUCCAAGAUUGCUGACUCUAGGUCGUGGCAAACAAGUCGGAGAGACUGUCAGGACCGAGGAGGAGACCUGGCCAUCAUCACCACAAAAGAAGAGCAGGAUUUUGUCACCACUAAUAACGACCGCAUCUGGAUCGGGCUGUCUGACAUAGAUAGAGAGGGCAAGUUUAAGUGGGUGAACGGGCAGGAACUGGACUUUGAAGGAUUCUGGCAGAAAGGGGAGCCCAAUGACAAGAACGGACAUGAAGACUGUGUUGAGAUUUAUCGUGCAGGAGGAGGAUGGAACGAUAUGCCUUGUCGCGAAAAAUUGUCCUGGGUUUGUGAAGAUUAACAUUGACUUUGUGAGUCUGCUCCUCGUGUUUGAUUAUACAGAAGACGCCAUCAUUUUGUAUCUACUGUAUAUCCAUCAGGCAUCUUCACCUUCAUUUCUUUUGCAGCGGAACUUCGAGCUAUAUCUAAUGUUUUUCCUUCCACACAAAAUAAAUGAUUGUUUUCAGCUUUUUCAGAA